AUCUUGAAAAAGAGAAUCACUCAUGACAUCGUUACCAAUUUCUCUCUCCUCCUUUGCUAGUAAAAUCUUCAUUAAGCCACCAAACACUUCAUAAUCACAUGCCUCCAUUUUCCUAAUUGUGCUCUUAAUCCACAUUAUUAGCUCUUUUGCUUAAAUUUUACUCCUUCAGAAUCACUCUUUUUUUCUCUUCAAAAAGCACACAGUUUUCAAUUAUUCGUGGCAGCUGAACUCAAGCAGUGAACUUUCAGCACAAAACCCCAAUUCAAAUCUUGAAGCGAAGCUUGAAAAUAAACCAGUAAUGGCAACUGGGUCCAGCUCAAAAACCCUAGAUAAGAAGGCUAAGAAGCAAAAAGGCGCAGGUUCGCACCCUCCAAACAACAACAACAACAACAACAUUGAGUCAUUUGUUCCAAAGAGAGACCAUGACCCAAGAGAUUUGAAAUCUUGGGCUAAAAGAACUGGGUUUGUGUCACUUUUCUCCGGUGAAUCAACAAAUGCAGCUUCAACUUCAAGUUCUAGGAAUCACAAUUUAAGGAAUGAUAGAGGUGGGAAUCGGUUAAAUUCCGUCGAGGAGAGAGAAAAUAAUCCUGUUUUGAGUAGGACUAGAGUGGAUGGAGAUGGUGAAAUUCAGCCACAGCCACAGCCACAGCCACAGCCACAACCAGUUGGUAAUGAUUUCCAGAGGAAUGGAAAUAGAGAUGAUGAAAGGAGGGGGUUCAAUAAUGGAGGUGGGAAUGAAUUCCAGAGGAAUGGGAAUAGAGACAACGAAAGGAGGGUAUUCAGUAAUGGAGGUGGGAAUGAAUUUCAUGAAGGUAAUGUGGGUGCUCACACUGUUCACUUUGAAAAUGAGGAAGUUGGUGCUGAAAAUGAAGUGGGUUUGUAUGAUAAGUCCCCUAAUCCAGAAGACCCAAUUCUUGGAAGGCAACCUAGGAUUUUCAAAGUUAAAAGUGGGAUUUCGGAUAAUCCAGGUUUUGUCCCAGUAAUCUAUUAUGGCCUCCAGCAUUAUUUCUCACUUGCGGGUUCACUUGUUUUGAUUCCUCUUAUUAUGGUACCGGCGAUGGGUGGAACUGAUAAAGACACGGCUAAUGUUGUAUCCACGGUGUUGCUGGUUUCUGGCAUCACAACACUGCUGCAUUCAUUCUUUGGGACUCGUCUUCCGCUGGUACAAGGAAGCUCAUUUGUAUAUUUGGCCCCAGCACUUGUUAUUAUGAACUCAGAGGAGUUUCGCAACCUUACACAACAUAAAUUCAGGUACAUAAUGAGAGAGCUACAAGGGGCAAUAAUGAUAGGAUCACUUUUUCAGUGCAUAUUGGGAUUCAGUGGCCUCAUGUCUUUGCUACUAAGGUUGAUUAAUCCGGUUGUAGUUGCGCCAACAAUGGCUUCUGUAGGUUUGGCAUUUUUCAGCUAUGGGUUUCCUCAAGCUGGUAGUUGCGUCGAAAUAAGUAUACCCCACAUAUUGUUGGUUCUUUUCUUUACCCUGUAUAUUGGAGGAGUAUCUAUUUCCGGGCAUCGAGUAUUCCAAAUUUAUGCGGUACCGCUCAGCAUUCUGAUUGUAUGGGCAUAUGCUUUCUUUCUGACGGUUGGUGGAGCCUACAAUUUCAGGGGUUGCAGCCCCAACAUCCCAAGUUCAAAUAUCUUGGUUGGUGCGUGCAUAAAACAUGCAUAUACCAUGAAGCACUGCAGGACAGAUGUUUCAGAUGCAUGGAGUACUUCUUCGUGGAUUCGGAUUCCAUACCCUUUACAGUGGGGCAUCCCUAUUUUUCGCUUCAGGACUGCCCUCAUCAUGAUUAUCAUAUCACUUGUCUCAUCAGUAGAUUCGAUUGCGACAUAUUAUUCUGCAUCAUUACGAGUCAACUCAAAGCCUCCUACCCCAGGAGUUGUGACUAGAGGGAUUGGGAUGGAAGGUUUUUGCAGUUUACUGGCUGGAUUAUGGGGUACUGGAACUGGAUCGACUACUCUAACCGAGAAUGUGCACACAAUUAGCAUGACUGAGGUAGCAAAUCGAAGGGGUAUACAGCUUGGCGCUGUCCUUUUGAUUUUGUUAUCUUUUAUAGGAAAAGUGGGCGGAAUCCUUGCUUCCAUCCCACAAGCACUUGUUGCUUCUGUGUUGUGCUUCAUUUGGGCCCUCAUUGUAGCUCUUGGUCUCUUAAAUUUGCAGUAUACUCAAGCAUCUAGUUUCCGAAACAUGGGAAUAGUUGGUGUUUCCUUGUUUCUUGGAUUAUCAAUCCCUGCAUACUUUCAACAGUUCGAACGUGAUAUCAAUAUGAUUCUUCCCAGUUAUCUGAUUCCGUAUGCAGCAGCAUCAAACGGACCGGUUCAUACUGGCAAUAAACAAUUUGAUUUUGCAAUUAAUGGUCUCUUGUCUAUGAAUAUGGUGGUGAGCUUCUUGAUAGCAUUUGUGCUAGACAAUACUGUCCCUGGCAGCAAGCAAGAACGAGGGGUAUAUAAGUGGUCAACUUCUGAAGAUUUGGCUACCGAUGCAUCUUCUCAAGCUAGUUACAAGUUACCCAGUAGAGUGGCUAAUGCUUGUUGCUGGGCAAAGUGUCUAGGUUUAUGAUCUCAGCAGUCCUGCGCAAGCACCUCAAUUCUCAUUAGGAGAUCGGGUUCUUGGCCGCUCCCUUGUGCAUUUGCUUCCUUUAGGUUGUGUUUCAGACUUUUGAUUCUUAUGGUAUGGCUUAGAUUUUGAGAUUCAUGUUCUAGAGCUCCAAUAGAGUUAAGGAACUACAUAAGCUAUACAUUGUAGGAAACAAGUAAAAAGUCUUAUGUUGUUGCCAUAAUAUAUAGUGUAAUUCACAUGCCUUACAAGAGUAAAUUGUGAAUUUUAAAUCAAUUUGAAGAGUAAGUUGUGUUUACUCAGCAAGAUUGUAACUCGGAAAUCAAUGAAAAAACUGUUAUACUUGUGUUCUUCUAUC